AUGCAGUCCUUUGCGCAGACUUUCCUCCUGGCCUCGGCUGCCAUCAUCUCCUUCACUUCGGCCGCUCCCACUGCCGAGGGUCCCAAGACCAAGGACUUUACUGUCACCCAGGUCCGCAACCCUCACUAUGUCCGCAAUGGUGCUGCCGCUCUGGCCAAGGCUUACCGCAAGUACGGCGCUCCUCUGCCCGAGUACUUGACUGCCGCGCUCAACCACACCUACACCAAGCGCGCAACCACGGGCAGCGCCGUCACCACGCCCGAGGAGUACGAUGUCGAGUACCUCACUCCCGUGAGCAUCGGCACGCCUGCCCAGACUCUCAACCUCGACUUUGACACCGGUUCCUCGGACCUGUGGGUGUUCAGCACCGAGCUGGCUUCGAGCUACCAGUCGGGCCACAGCGUGUACAGCCCCUCCAAGAGCAGCACGGCCACCAAGCUGAGCGGCUACACCUGGAGCAUCUCGUACGGCGACGGUUCGGGAGCCUCUGGCGACGUCUACACCGACGUUGUCAACAUCGGUGGCGUCUCGUACGCUACCCAGGCCGUCGAGGCCGCCAGCAAGAUCUCUACCGAGUUCACCCAGGACACCAACAACGAUGGUCUCGUUGGUCUGGCUUUCAGCUCCAUCAACACCGUGUCGCCCAAGUCCCAAAAGACCUUUUUUGACAAUGUCAAGUCUUCGCUCAGCUCGCCCCUGUUCGUUGCUGACCUGAAGCAUGAUGCCCCCGGCACCUACGACUUUGGAAAGACUGACAGCUCCAAGUACACGGGCUCCAUUGCCUACACGUCGGUCAGCACCUCGCAAGGGUUCUGGCAGUUCAGCGCGUCGAGCUACAAGGUGGGCACGACGAGCUACUCGACCAGCCUCAACGGCAUCGCCGACACGGGCACCACGCUGCUGCUGCUCCCCGCCACCGUGGUCAAGAACUACUACGCCAAGGUGACGGGCUCGAGCAACUCCAACACGUACGGCGGCUACGUCUUCCCCUGCACCGCCACCCUGCCCACCUUCACCUACACCGUCGGCUCCGUCAGCAUCGUCAUCCCCGCCACCUACCUCAACUAUGCCCCCGUCGAGGACGGCUCCUCCACCUGCUACGGUGGUCUGCAGUCCAGCGCUGAUAUCGGCAUCAACAUCUUUGGCGACGUUGCCCUCAAGGCCGCCUACGUUGUCUUCAACGGUGCCUCUACCCCAACCCUGGGUUUCGCCACCAAGACUCUCUCGUAA